CGACGACCAGGGACGGCGUGCGCCGACAUCACCAUCGACCCUCAUCAAGAUUCUCACAGUUCCGUCGAUUGCCCCUUUCCUCAUCUCCAUUUUGCGAUUUAUUCGGCAAUCCACGUUCUGGGCACGAUGUCACCUGCGCCAAUCAUUCAGGGUGUUCCUACUUUAGCCUCCCCGCCACAACCACCCCAUUCACCAAUUAAGGAGAAUUUCGACGAGAUUUUCCAUGCCAAAUUCAUGCAGAUAAUUCAGCAGUAUCGGGACAAUCCUCGCACGGGGUCACUCACGCAAAAAGAUCGCAAGCAGUUCAUCGAUUCAGCAUACCAUGCUACCGAUGAGUUGUACUUCGGAAACCGGAAGCUUGACGAUACAGAAAUCAAGCUCCGCGCUCUCACUAAAGUCUUCUACAAAGUUCUUGCCGACGAACCCUGGUCCGAGGAAUGGAUCCGCCCUCACGACGUGGAGCGAAAACUAUCCCGCUUUGAAAUGCAUCCGGAUUCUCGUGAGCUCGCUGCUCAGAAUGGAGUGCACACCCCGCGUGAGGCUGUCAUUGCUGCACGUCGAGCAUUAAUCGCCACACAAAGCCCAAGCCCAGGCCAUGGUCCCCAGCCUCGUGGUCCAUUUGAUGACAUCGAAAUCAUCUACAUCCCUGGAACCGUUUCUUCAACUGCGACGAACAAGAUCGACCGCAUGCAGAUAUACCCCGUGUCUGUUUCCUCAGUUGCACACAUCUUGCAGACCCAUAUCUGUCGCGACAUGACUCGUCCAUACCUCAUGGCCCAGAAGUUCGUUCAUUGCACCGACACUCUCGAGCUAAUCAAGAUGCGGCAAUUUGCGUGCGAUGUGUGCGACUUUGCCCCUCAUCUUUUGGACAACGACAACAUUAGCCUUCUUAUUGUGCUGCUCAUUCUGACCCGGUCAGAGAUCUGUAAGAGAUUCGAGGAGAAUGGCAUCCGUAUUGAGGGUUCAACAAUAAGCCAUCGUCGCGCUGAGUGUAUGAAGCAGAAACUUGGCUGGAAGGAGCUCGCAGACCGCAAGCCGUUCGACAACGUCGCUGCUGAUUUCCAGACUCGUGUAAAGAACGCGUGUUUCCCGGCUCCUCGCGCUCGAGUCACUCGGUCAAAGCCCCAACGAAAGUCGUCUGCUCACUCGAUGCAUGUUGGACUCAUGGGUCCCCCAAUCGGCCCCCCAAAGCAUCACUCCCCCUAUCCCCAACACGGUAGCAUCAAAAACGGUCCCAACGUUCCCACUUUCCCGACACAGCAGGCAAACUUUCUGAAUCUACUCCAUCAGCCGUCUCAUACACCUGCAGCACCGAAAUCCAGACCAGGCAGCACCCCUAACGACCCAAUGGAUCUUUCAUAG